AUGAAUGAAAACUAUAAAGUAUUGCAAAACGAAGAUCUUAAUAGGAUCCAAGAGAUCUUGAUUCCGCAAAAAUCUGAAAAGGAAACAUUUACCAUACCACCUGGCUCUUCAAGCUCAAAAUCAUCCUCGACCCAAAGCACAGUAGCAACUACAGAGUUUAUACCACACAUAUUUUACACUUUAUAUCAAAUUCAAAAGGAUCCUAAUAGAUCUAAUAAUCAGUUAGAGACUAAGACAGGUUUGAUCAGGCACAGAUUAAGGAAUUGUAAGACUCUUAUAAGGGAAAGCGAUUCUUCUUUAGAAUUAUUAAGUAAGACUACUGAUGAAUGGGAACAAUUUAUUAUGAAUAGAGAGAAUGAACUACAGAUUAAGAAAAAAGUAUUAGUGGAUCUUCGAGGUAGAAUUUCGGAGAUUCUAACAAAUUGUAAUUAUGAACCAGAUGUUGAAGAAACAAAUACUGAAGUCCCGAUAGAAGAAGAAGCAAAACAAGAAGUCCAAAAAGAGGUAAAUAUAAAAGGGGAAAGUGAAGCAGAUAUCAAGGAAGAAUCAUCUAUAGGCUUAGAAAAUAAUGAAGAUAAAAAGAUAAACGCACCUGAACUACCGGUAGAAGUGCCCAAUAAUGUUACGGAAACCGAUGAUAAUACAAAUAAUAAUACCAAUAAUAUUGAUAAUAAUAAUAAUUCAGAAAUGGCUACAGCCGAGGUUCCAGAUGAUAAUAACAACGCUCGUAGUACUUCGAUGACCGUUGACGAUGAAGCAAUAUUGGAUGAUAUUGACAUGGAAUUGUGA